UUCCCUCUAGAAUCAUCCAAAAUGGAGCCUCUAACAGUUUACUCUUCAAAAUGUUCGGGGCCCAAAACAAAAAUAUUUGCAGUUUUGCUAUCUAUGGUUCUAUGCACAGUAACGCUAUUUCUUUUACAACUAAAAUUCCUAAGACCUAAAACCAACAGCUUUUAUACCUUUGAAGUGAAGGAUGCAAAAGGAAGACCGGUUUCUCUGGAAAAGUUUAAAGGCAAAGAGGUUUCACUAGUUGUAAACGUGGCUAGUGACUGCCAACUCACAGACAGAAAUUACUUAGCACUGCAGGAACUGCACAAAGACUUUGGACCAUUCCACUUCAGCGUCUUGGCUUUCCCGUGCAAUCAAUUUGGAGACUCGGAACCCCGCCCAAGCAAGGAAGUAGAAUCUUUUGCAAGAAAUAAAUACGGAGUAACAUUCCCCGUCUUCCACAAGAUUAAGAUUCUAGGAUCUGAAGCAGAACCUGCAUUUAGAUUUCUUAUUGAUGCUUCAAAGAAGGAACCAAGAUGGAAUUUUUGGAAGUAUCUGGUCAACCCUGAGGGUCAAGUUGUGAAGUUCUGGAGGCCAGAGGAGCCCAUUGAAGCCAUCAGGCCUGACAUAGCAGCUCUGGUUAGACAAAUGAUUAUAAAAAAGAAAGAGGACCUAUGAAAAUGUCAUUUAAACCAUUCUAAUGCAACAAUCAGAAAGGGGAAAUGUCGCCAUGCAGAUCUGGUCUCACUUUAAAUGCUCUAACAAUUAAAUGUGGCACUGAAGGAUGAUUUUUUUUUAAUAAUUAUCUUGCUAGUCAGUAGUAAUGACUAUCCCCAGGAUAGAGAUGUUACCCAAAGCAAAAAUAAAGGAUAGACAAAAGAUUCAAAAUGAAAUAUACUAAAUUCUUAAUCUGACCAUGCUAAAAACUUCAGAAUACACAGUUACCAAAGUGCUUCACCCUAUUAUUCAACUUGACAUUUUCUAGGAUCAUACUUGAUGGAAAUGCUCACAAACUAGACCACUAUUUGGAUUCAAGAAUACUACAUGUGACUGAAAUUUUUGGAGUAACUCAUUGUAAAUGGCUAUUUUGAUGUAAUAAAACACAAAACAAAUACUGAAAAAAUAUAAAACAGAUUCAAAUCCUUA